AUGAGACUGGACAUGACCGAAUCGAAGACAUAUGAGCGUCCGAGUGGUCCUCCACCAUCAAAAUCUGGUGAAGAUUAUGGGGAGCUGUUAAAGUAUUGCGUGGGUACCAUAAAUCGACUGCAAGCACCGAAGGUGUUUGAUGAGCAUUUGCGAAAACUCGGAAAGAAACGUAAAGCCCUGUUUGGUGGAAAUAAAGAAGCUAAAAAACUAGCAGAAGUGUUCGAAAAGCAGGUGAUAAACUCAUGUUUGGACGGGGUGCCAUUGUACGCGAACGACCAGGCAGUAAUAAGUCAACUAGCUCAGUCCAAGUGUCUAACUCGAAUCAAAGAAGUUGCUGCGGAAUUUGGAUUACAAGAUCAGGAGUACGUUUUUUAUGAUUUAUGCCAACUUUGUUUAUUCAAGAUCAUAUUCUACAUUGACAAUUCGGGCUCAAUGAAGAAAGGCAAUCGAUUACAACAGCUACACGAUUUCCUCAAACUUUUCAUGAAAAUUAACGUUAGUCCACAACCAUUGAGACUGAAAUUCAUGAACCACAAUAAUGAGAUCCAUACUGUUCUUAGGCAGAAAUUUAAUAUUGACUGCGAUAGAAUCGAGACAGAGGAGCAACUUAACACCGUGAUGGCAAACAUCGCGAUUAAUGGCGCCACUCCACUCGCUACGAACUUGUACACAACAAUCCUUGAACCAGAAGUGCUCAACCGUAAACUUGGCCAGCCUAUACUCGUUGUCACUUUUACGGACGGCUCCCCGAACGGAGACAAGUACACAUUAGGCAAGGUCAUCAGGAUGGCUCAGAAAAAGCUUUCAGAGAACAAUCUGCCGAAAAAGGCAAUUUGCUACCAGUUUGCUCAAAUUGGAGAUGAUAAAGAGGCAGGAGAGUAUUUAGAUAGCUUGGAUAGUGAUGCCACUAUUGGUGAUGUUAUCGACUGCACAUCUCCAAUUGAAAUUGAGAUGAAGCAGAUCCGGCGGAAGAAUCCAGAGCUAUCCACGGAAGUCAAUUACGUGAAAAAACUGCUUCUUGGACCUAUAGACAUUGCUUACGAUUCCAUGGAUGAGAUCAAUAAUCGUGUAUACUGA